UGUAAGAGAGAUAGAGGAAGAGUGUGAGAAAGAGACUAACAGAAAGAGUGAGAGAGGAAGAGUGCGAGAAAGAGACUUUUUUGCGGGCCUUGGCGAAUUCCUGUGUGGACGUGAGUCUUGAGGGGACCAUCGCAGAGAUAACGUCGCUGGCGCCUCUGGGAUGCGGGGCUGGAGGAGGGGGAGAAACUGAAGGAAAAGGUAGAGACGUCCUACAUCAAAAACCACUUCGCGGAAAAUAACGGGACACACAGGGCGCUCAGGCCCGGGCCGUAAACCUGCGGGCGAUAAAUCCCAAGAUUAACCCUCGAGAGGUCGGAACGCAGGGCUGGAAGCAAAAACCUGACCUUCGGAGUGGCCCUUCGGAGAAAGGGAGAGCUGUGCCCGUUCGGUUUUCAUUUCCACUGACACUCCUCGCGCGUCUCGGGAGACCUUUUCCAUUUUUGUAUCCUGUUGCGUCGUGCUGCGGAUGUUCUCCUCGGAAAGGCUGGCGGGGCUUGCCGACGCUGUCGGGGAACGGUUCCCAUUCUUCCAGUGACGCACUUUUCCCAAGGAGUGAAGUACAGUCUGGAUUUUGCGCGGGACAGGGCCGCCCUCGAGUUCGAAGCCGCUCAUCCCCGUCUCCGAUUCCUUCCCGAGCCGGGAAGAAAAAGCCCGCCAGCCCUCCCGCCACGCGCGAUGGGAGCCCAUCACCUCUCGCUCCCGCUGCUGCUAGGCGCGUUGCUAGGGGCGGCCUCUCUGGGCGGGGCCGCCAAGCAGAGGAAACUGGGCUUGCAGCAGGCCAAUCAGACGCAGGCCUCGCCCCUGUCCCCGGAGGUCACCCUGGCGACCCCGGAGGAGGCGGAGAUGACGGUCCCGCCCUCCGGCAGCCGUUGCCGGGGUUACUACGACGUGAUGGGCCAGUGGGACCCGCCCUUCAACUGCAACGCCGGGAUCUACCUGUUCUGUUGCGGGACCUGCUUCUACCGGUUCUGCUGUCAGUUUCGCCAGCACCACCUGGACCAGACCUCCUGCUCCAACUACGACACCCCCAACUGGGCCAACACCGGCAGGCCCCUGGUGCCGGUCACCGAGAUCCACGAGGAACCCGACCGGGACAGAACCAACAUGAUCGUGUACAUCAUUUGCGGGGUGGUGGCUGUUAUGGUACUGGUCGGGAUUUUCACCAAGCUGGGACUGGAGAAGAGCCAGGGCCCACAGACUGACAUGACCAACUCCAGGUAAGGGCUCAUGGGAAAGCAUCGCGGGCAGAAGGAGGGUACUAUCUGUGGGGUGGGUCUCAGAAGGCGGGAAGGACUGGGAU